AUGUCAGAGAGCCCGAAGCCCGUUAAGAAAGUGCCUAUACACUUGCAGAGCGCCCAGAAUCGCGUUUAUAUUCGCAAUGGGGAAGUUGUUAAUCACGAUAAGAGCUUCAAGGCGGACGUUUACAUUGAGGAUGGCAUUAUUAAAUUUGUUGGACCUGCUAGCGAAAUUACAAUACCUGGAGGCGUGCGCACCAUCGAUGCAACAGGGAAAAUGAUUAUGCCGGGGGGUAUUGACCCCCAUACAAGCAUGCAACGCCCUUUGGGUGACACUGUCGCCGUUGAUGACUUCUAUCGUGGAACCAAAGCAGCAGUAGCUGGAGGCACGACUAUGAUAAUUGAUUGUGUUCUACCAAAGAAACAUGAAUCGCUGGUUGAAGCCUAUGAUAAGUGGCGCAGCUGGGCAGAUCCGAAGGUCUGCUGUGAUUAUGCUCUCCAUGUGGGCAUUACUUGGUGGUCCAAGUCUGUAUCUGAUGAGAUGGCAAUACUCUGCAAAGAACUGGGCGUCAAUUCGCUUAAAAUGUAUAUGUCCCAUAAAGGCGUCUAUAUGUUGAACGAUGCGGAACUCUUAGAUGUUUUCGAACGAAUUAGGAGUCUCAAUGGUGUUGCAAUGGUGCAUGCUGAGAAUGGUGAUAUUAUUGCCAAGAAUACCAAUCGAUUGUUAGCCGAGGGUAUUCGUGGACCCGAGGGUCAUGAGCUCUCCCGACAGGAGGAAGUCGAGGCUGAGGCCGUACAACGAGCUUGCACUCUAGCUCAUCAGAUGAAGACGCCUUUGUAUGUCGUUGGUAUUACGAGCAAAUCUUCUGCGGAAAUUCUAGGACGUGCUCGUCGCAGCGGAUUCUGCGUGUUUGGCGAAACUCUGGCCAGAUCCAUUGGCCUUAGCUUGAGCGGUGUGCGAAAAUCGGAGCGUAUCUAUUAUAUUACUAGUCCACCUAUUCGCAUGUCGCCAGAAACACCAAGACAACUGAUGAAAUCUUUGGCAUACGAUGAUCUGCAGGUGACAGGAAGCGAUAAUUGCAGCUUUAAUAAGAAUCAAAAGGAAAUUGGUUCCAACGACUUUACGAAAAUCCCAAAUGGCGUUAAUGGUGCUGAGGAUCGUAUGUCACUGAUGUGGGAGAAGGGAGUGCAUCAGGGUCUGCUUGAUCCAUGUCGAUUUGUGGCCGUAACUAGCACGAAUGCUGCAAAAAUCUUCAAUAUUUAUCCACAAAAAGGAAGAAUUGCUGUUGGUUCGGAUGCUGACAUCAUUAUCUGGAAUCCACAGGCCACACGUACCAUUUCCAAGGACACCCAUCAUCAUGCUUGCGAUUAUAAUAUUUUUGAGGGUAUGACCGUGCAUGGUGUGCCUGAAUAUGUAUUGGUGCGUGGCCGAGUCUGUGCCGAGAAUGGUGUUGUGCGUGUCGCCGAAGGAUUUGGACGUUUCAUAAAUAUGGCCGUGCGACCGCCCUUCGUCUAUGAUAUUAUCGAGGGAAAGGUGCAACCAUCUGAAGAGCCGCACGAGGAAUAUCAAAAUGGCAGCAUGGCCAAGAAAUUUGCCGAAUUAGACAUUCAGAUCCCAGUCCAUGAGCCAAUUUCUGCAAUGCUCGCUGGUAAUUUACCCAUGCCGGCAGAGGGUUCUAUCUGCAGCACACCCUCAGUCCGUGGUCGGGUUGAUGGCAAACGUGAUAUGCAGGAGUCAUCCUUCUCGAUUAGCGAGGAACUGGAUACUGUAGGUGUACGAUCGUGCAUCAAAGUUAAGAAUCCUCCUGGCGGAAAGUCUUCUGGAUUUUGGUAGAUGGCAAUAUCGACUCUGCAAGUCGCACAAAGCGGACGAUUUCAGCCAAAAUCAGCGCUCAUUUGCAUUUGGAUUUAUAUACUCAUCAAUUAGCCACAAUAUGUACUGUUUAAUUUUAUUAAUGUUUGUCAUUAUUUUGUUGUGAAAAAUAGUUUAAUCGCACUAAUUUAGUUGAAAUUCUAUAUUAACGUAGUUUCAAAA